AACAAAUAACUGCCUAGAUUUAAAUGCCGAUAAUGCACACAAAAAUUAAAAACAUAUCCGCUUUUGGCGAUGCAAUUCAGUUGUAUAUGCAGCAUACCAAUACAUUGAGUGAAUUUGGUGUAACAUUUUGCCAGUUGCCUGAUAAUGGACACAGUGAGGUCUGUGGAUUGUCGUCUGUCUCAGAUGGCGGCGAGGGGAUGUAAGGAUUUCACCCUACAUCUCUGUUUUAUUGACAGUCUCAGCAAGCCGGGGUCCCGUUGUCGGACAGAACCCAUCUUUUCGCGUGAGGUGCUUUCCUGUAAAAAAGCCAGGUGUGACACUGCAGAUUCGGCAUGGAUCAUCAAGAACGAGAACGUGGGCAUCAAACGCCAGGUAUCUGUAGAUCAGAGAGAAGUUAAUGACAGCUCUCAGAGUAGAGCUACUCUGGAGACCACCAGAAACCCACCAUUCAAAAGACGCAACAAUUUUUAUCACAGACCUUUGGUCAGAUUCAGACGUGCAGUAAAAACCAUACAAGUGCUCCUCAAGGCUACACUCACCAAUUCUCAGGGACAGCGCCAUGAUCUCCUGUCCUGGGCUCACCAGGACGUCAGCUCCUCCAAGAGGGAAUAUGAAAUGUUUGGUCUUACUUUUGAUCCAGGGGACUUCAGAGCCAAGAAGGAGACUAUUCUUAGUAAUGAAGCCAAAGCUAUUUUGUCUAUGGAACCCGAACGCAGGACGGAAGAACAGAUGAAGGUGGCGCUACUGGCGCUGAAUCAGGCGGUAGAAGCAUUCAGUGAGUUUCCGAUCACCAUGCAGAAAUCUCUGGUACGAGUCGGCUGGUAUGAACAUUUUGAAGACAAACGGGUGAUAAUAAGACAAGGUCACAUGGCUGACAAUUUCUACUUCAUUUUGUCUGGAACAGCUGUCGUUACCAUCCUACAGACAGAUCCCGAGACCGGCGAUCAGGUUGUUAGAACAGCAGCAGUCCUCAAAAAGGGAAACAGUUUUGGGGAGUUGGCGCUUAUGCACGGCGCGAAGAGGAGCGCCACGGUCACCUGUAAGAAUAGUGUGGAGCUUCUAGCGGUAGGAAGAGAGGACUUUGUGGAUAUAUUCAUGCCCAUGGAUAAAGAUCAGGAGCCUGAGCACAUCCGCUUCCUGCGGACGGUCCACCUCCUGAAAGGAUGGCCAAUAGAAAAAUUGCCAUAUCACGACACCAAGAUUUGUUGUUUUACUUACUUUAGGAGAGGACUUUUGUUGUGUAAGGACAGUAACAUUAGUGACUGGGUCUACAUCAUCAAAACAGGGUCGUGUAGGGUCCUAAAAUCCCUACAUUCAGCCAAACCAAAUAUACCAGGAUUAUUGUCUAGCCAAAAGUUAACAAGGUCACUGCUACGUCUCCCUCCAAUAUCCUCACCAAAGUCUUCCAAGACAUCGUUAUCGUCAUCUUCCUUAUCAUCUGACAAAUCUCCACGCUCGGACUCAUCGUAUGGCACACCACGCCCCCAGAAACAUAAAUGUACAAUACAGCAUCUCUCUGACAUUCUUCACAAACCUUAUCCUGAGGAUUCAACAGAACAUGAAGAACAUCAGAAACUGUUGGACCAAAUCUUUAUUCAGAAACAUACCUAUACGUCUAAAUGGGGAAAGAGAACAUCCCCAAAGGUUUCCGAGCCAGAAAGUGCAUCUAAACGUCACAAACCAGACACGGUUUACGUACAAAUACAGAAAUUAGGACCAAGAGAAACUUUCGGUGUUGAACAAGUUGCCUUUGGUCGCAUUGGGAAAACUACCAGCACUAUUCUGGUUUCUGAUGGAGCAGAAUGCAUCUUAAUCAAUAGGAAGUUUUUCCAACAAUAUUUAACUGAUGAAGAGGCAAAAAGAAUACGGAGAACGCUUCAACCAAUACCUUCUGAGGAAAGCUUGCAGCGGAAAUUACAGGACAGCACGAAUUGGGAAGCAUACAAAGCACUCACUGUAGUCAACCACAAGGUUCACCAGAAAACCCACAAUGACGCCCACUUCUUCUGAAUUUAAAACAAUCAUAUGAAGUUGCAGAAUUGAAAAUUGAAAGCAUUAAACUAACAACUAAGUGCAGACAGUGGGAGAAAAAAGAAGUGAA